AUCUUCUGUGAAUUGCCGAUACAAAAGCUGUUUCAAAAUCUCAUAAUUGAGAAAUACAUAUACUAUCUUGUUGUCCGUGCAUGUCACUAUGUCGAUACCAAUCAAUUUGUUUUCUAACUGCCGUGCCAUCCACAAUGUACGUUCUGAUCCAAAAAACAGAGGCCUGGCAGAAUCUAUACGCGUGGCCCUAAAAGAAAGAAAGUUCCAGCUCAUUAAGGAGUUCACAAUCUUUCUCUGUGAAGCAAAACUUAAGGAUGACGAGGUCUUGUCAAUCCUAAAAGAUGCCAAAGAAGUUGUUCAACACUUAACUCCAGUUUUUUUAAAAGCAGUCAAGGCUUUGUUAUCUUUGAACUGGAAGAAAAGAAGUUCCGAGAUAAUCGAAGCAUAUAUUGAAUUUUAUGUGGACUUAUUGAUGACCCACAACCAAUAUCUUUCAAUAGGAGUAUUUAAACUUAUUGAACACUGGAUUCCUGAAAAAUCGGACAAAUUCGACUGGGUCAAGGGAUGUCCCUCAGAACGUAGCAGACUUCAACUGAAAGCUGUACAUGAUGUACUGAAUCGCAUUUUAAACGCAGCUCCAAUGACAUUUCAGUUUGUAUGUAAAACCAUUACCGAUAAAUUUCCCUAUUAUAAAAGGCCAGCUUAUGUGACGGCAGGGUAUGUCUAUAACGUGCUCUGGUUAAUCGAAUACAAGCCUAUAUUUGAAGAACCGAUGUUGCAGCUGGUUUUGCAGAGAUUCUUAUUACUAGAUGUUAACGCUCCAAGAGAAGAAAUUGGCGCAGAAACAGAUGACGAAGAUGACAAUGUGGACGCAGAUAGAGUUUUUCAAAUGGACGAUGUAUCCAGCUAUACUAAGACUGAAAAAACUGUUAAACAUCCUGUCGGCAAAACCUUGGAUAUUUGCCUAUUCAUGCUGUAUAGGUUUAUUGACGAAAAAUGUCGCAUUCACAAAAACAGUACCGGCGAACAGCGCUCGACUGCUAAACGCAUAUUUAAUUUAUUACUACAUAUAUUCGAUGAUACUCUGUUACCCAGCUACAAUACCCAUCAUGUGCAGUUUGUCCUAUUUUAUGUGACUAGUAUUCGUGUUGCAUAUUCUGAGGCUUUUCUUGAUUUGCUUUGGCAGAAGGUACAAAAUCCCCAAAUUUCGCCGAUUAUUGGACAUGCUGCGGUGGGAUACAUGACUAGCUUUUUAUCUCGCGCCAGAUUUUUGCCACUAAGCCUUGUACAAUACUAUUUAAAAAAAAUGAGUAUUUGGGCUCAUACCUACAUAGACGACUCGAGUAAAAAGACUUUGACUUGGUCGUUUGGUGCACACUUGGUUUUCUACUCUGUCUGCGAAACAAUUUUUUAUUUGAUUGCGUCUCGUGCCAGAUAUUUGACUGACAGUUCAAAAGAUUUGCAUUUUCUUGAGUGUCUGCAGUUAUCCCGCAUCGCGGGAUGUCACUUAAAUCCCCUGCGAUACUGUCUAGCCUCAGUGGCCACAGCAUUCGCUGAUGUUUCGAGAACUUACCAGCUGGCCUACUGUUAUACAGUUUUGCAUAGUAGCCCUCGGCGUAAACUACCCAUUGUUUCCGUCCGUGGAAAAUGUAAGACCGAGGAAAAGCUUGAAACGUUAUUCCCCUUCAACCACUAUGUGCUAAAGCUAUCGAAGAAGUAUAUUGAGGCCAACUUCAUAGUUCACCAAUGCAAAGGCACGGAUAAUUGUGUGUGUGGCUCUACCAAUAAGUCCCUUUCUACACCACCAGAUGACGAGGAGGACGAUUUCAUUAUAUCGGACAUGCUAAAGCAUUUGGAAAUGUCUACGAAGCAAUAGUUUGACAAAAACGGUACCCUUUCAUCUUCACCGUCUUCCGCGACUUACCAUUUAACUUAUUUAAGAAAUGUGAUGAAGUUAUGGACUCUAAGUUACCUUUACCAGUGAAAAAACAGUUUCAACGAAUUUAUUUGUCUUUAAAAAACAUACGUGUAAUUAAUAAAC